AUAUGAACUGAGCGACAAUCAGAGGCAGAGGAAGUACUUUCAGUGGCCGCAUCACGGUUGUGGAGCUGGCCGAACUGCAAUGGUGGAUUGGAGCUCAGUAGACCAAGGAUUGAAAUCUGGCUCUACCUGUGGGGAAUCUCUCGGUUCUUGAGCUUGCGUGUCUGUAAAAUGUGGGUGAUCGGAGUGCCUACCGCCUCAGCAUCCUGACCCCUGAGAAGUGGUCCUGACCAAACACACGCACGUACAGAAAAGGCCAGAUCAGAGCUGGAAAGAGCCUGUGUCCUUGCUGGCAUCACUGGAUCCCAGAGUGUGACCCGCGUGCGCCCACCCUGCCUUCUGAUUUCAUUUUGUGUGACUGUGCAUUGCCUUUGUGCCUAAGCCCGCUUGAGGAGGGGGUUCCUCUUUACUCACAGCACAAAGCAGACAUCCUGAUAUGCCUCUCUCCUUCAGCCUCAAAGUCCUCCUGGUAGAAGGACGGUAACUCUGCCUACUCGACGUUUGUUGGGAGACCUGCAGGAGACGAUAGAUGGGAAACACCUAGCUGAUAUUACCUGGCACAUGGAAGGCACGGAGUAAGAGGCAGCGCUGUCUGUCCUGCUUCUUUAAUCCACAGCACCCGGCCUGCAGAUGACCCAAGGGCCAGGUGGAGCUAUGAGCACCAACUACACCUCCAUGGAUCCACUCCAGAAGUGUAACCCAACACUGAUUUCGGAAUCUUCCCCAGUGAUCUCUGAAGAGACUUCCCGGGAAGUCACAGCAGCCUCCCCUCCUUCCUUCUCAGAACUGCUGAUGAUGGGCCUCGGGGACCUCAAAAGCAGUCCUGGCCCCAAAUACCCUGCCCCUCUGCCAGAGGGGCUGCUCCAGCAGCAGUACAGGGAUGACAAGACCCUACAGGAGAGGCGCUGGGAAAGGUCAGCAUCCCCUCAGAGGAAGAGAACACUUCUGGGGCACAUGAGACGGCGACACCUUGAUCACGUGGCACCUUAUCGGGUUGAAAGAAAUGCCAGGAUCUCUUCAUCAGGUGAUAGAGAUCAGAACGGAUUCCGAUGUGAAUGUCGAUACUGCCAGAGCCAUAGGCCCAAUGUCUCUGGGAUGCCUGCAGAGAGGAAAGGGGCCCCACAUCCUUCCUCCUGGGAAACGCUGGUGCAGGGCCUCAGCGGCUUGACCCUCAGCCUGGGGACCAACCGGCCUGGCCUUCUGCCUGAAGGGGUGCUCCAACAGCAGGAGAGAGAGGAGAAGCUCCAACUGGAGAUGCAGCAGGAAAGCAAAAGAAUGUUUCAGAGGCUCCUAAAACAGUGGUUGAAGGAAAACUGAGGCUCUCAUCCUCAUGUAGCAGAGAUCUGAGUGGAUUUGGACAUGGUUGCCGGUGUUGCCAGAUCCUGAGCCCGGAUUCCUGUUGGGGACCAAACAGGAAGCAAUCAGAGAAGGUAGAGAAAUAAGAGCAGUGUGAGGACUGAAAACUCUGUCAGUGUGAGCAUGGAUCCAAUCCCAGGAAGGUCUUACUUUUUCCUGCCUGGAGUUUCUGGAUCACCGUGGGGCUUUCUAUGGAACACUGCAUACCAGAGGUCCUUAACUUCUGUAUUAUGGCUCCCAUGAUGCAUGUUGUCACUUUCCCACCCCAGAUCUCUGUCUCUCCUCCCUGCCUUGUUGUCAAUAAGAUACCAGGUUUCUCUGUAGCAUGAAUGCCCUGUUGAUGGCCAUGUGCUUUUGUGCCAUUUCACUGACUGCCUCCCAGAAGCAACACUAGUUCUGCCGGAAUGCAGCGUGUGCUCAACUGAGAUCCACUUCCAAGAAUCUGAUGCUAAACAACGUGCAGAAAGGGACGCGGGACUGGAACGUGGUGUUUCACCAUUGUGUUAUCUGUGUAAGCCAUUAUGAAUAUGCUGAGCUAACUGUAGAUCAGUGUUUCCCUGCUUUGUAACAUUGAUUGUAUUCUCCUUGGCGGAGUUUCUGAUGGGUUACCUCAUUGUGCAUACCUAAUAAAUAUACAUAAGAAAGGAAAAUA